CCCAGGCGUGACGCCAGGACGGAGGAGUCGGGAAACAAGUCGGAAAUUAAAAAACACAACUCCAUGUCGGACUGCUUUAAAUAGAGAGAAAUUAAUAAGGAAGCGACCAGCCUGACUCAAUUAUUCAAAGGUUCUACACUAGACCUUAACCGAGGCGCUGGUCACCACAUAUGGACUAAACCAGAGACUCAGAAAGAGAGAGGGAGAAGAGGAGAGAAUAGGUCCUUUCCCCCCCCCCCCCCUCUAUUUUAUAUCUGCCUAUCGACUAGCUACGUUUGUAAAUCCUCUGGGCUGUUGUGUCCCAGAGGGGGGGAUCUCAGCUGGACUUGUUCCCCAAACUGCACUCCCCUCAGUGGGGUUGGUUGUGACCCAGUGCCAGGGUACAUCCCACCUCACGGCAGGCUUUCCUUUCCUGAGCAGCUGUGUCCUGCCUGCGUCCUGCCUCUAUUUCCUGUCCUUGGUGUGCAAGGCUAAGCCUCCUCUCUCCACCCCCCCAACCACCACACACACACACACACACACACACACACACACACACACACACACACACACACACACACACACACACACACACACACACACACACAAACAUUCUCCCUCCCUGUUGACUGUGAUCCAAGAAGAGGACUCGUCAAUCACCUAACUUUCUGGUAAAUUUCUCCCUCUCACCACAGACAGCAGCACCAUGACCUCUAUGUCCAGCCUCUUCUCCUUCACCAGUCCAGCUGUGAAGCGUCUGCUGGGGUGGAAGCAGGGGGACGAGGAGGAGAAAUGGGCUGAGAAGGCUGUUGACGCUCUGGUCAAGAAACUGAAGAAGAAGAAGGGAGCCAUGGAGGAUCUGGAGAAAGCCCUCAGCAGCCCAGGACAGCCCAGUAAGUGUGUGACCAUCCCUCGGUCUCUGGACGGUCGUCUCCAGGUGUCUCACAGGAAGGGUCUCCCCCACGUUAUCUACUGCAGAGUGUGGAGGUGGCCCGACCUACAGUCUCACCACGAGCUCAAACCUCUGGAGGUGUGUGAAUACCCCUUUGGCUCCAAGCAGAAGGAGGUCUGCAUUAACCCCUACCACUACAAGAGAGUAGAGAGCCCAGUGCUGCCUCCGGUGUUGGUGCCUCGCCACAGUGAGUUCAACCCCCAACACAGCCUCUUAGUCCAGUUCAGGAACAUGACUCACAACGAGCCCCACAUGCCCGUGAACGCCACCUUCCCAGAGUCCUUCCAGCAGCACAGCGGGGGCAGCGGCUCCUCCUUCCCAAUCUCCCCCAACUCCCCCUACCCUCCCUCCCCAGCCUCCAGCGGAGGGGUGGGCACCUACCCCAACUCGCCUGCCAGCUCCGGACCCUCCAGCCCCUUCCAGCUUCCAGCUGAUACCCCACCCCCGGCUUACAUGCCCCCUGACGAGCAGAUGGGACAGGAGGGGUCCAUGGAGACCGGCAGCAGCGGGCCCAGGAACAUGCCUAGUGGGGAUGUGCAGCCAGUGGAGUACGAGGAACCAAGCCACUGGUGCAGUAUUGUGUACUAUGAGUUGAACAACAGAGUGGGUGAGGCCUACCAUGCUUCUUCUACCAGCGUCCUGGUGGACGGCUUCACCGACCCCUCCAACAACAAGAACCGCUUCUGCCUGGGGUUGCUCUCCAACGUCAACCGUAACUCAACCAUAGAGAACACACGCCGCCACAUCGGCAAAGGGGUCCACCUGUACUACGUAGGAGGUGAGGUGUAUGCAGAGUGUCUGAGUGACACCAGUAUCUUCGUUCAGAGUCGUAACUGUAACUAUCAUCAUGGUUUCCACCCCACCACGGUGUGUAAGAUCCCUAGUGGCUGCAGUCUGAAGAUCUUUAACAACCAGGAAUUUGCUCAGCUACUGGCCCAGUCUGUGAACCAUGGCUUUGAGGCUGUCUAUGAACUGACCAAGAUGUGCACCAUCCGAAUGAGCUUUGUAAAGGGCUGGGGAGCUGAGUAUCACCGACAAGAUGUCACCAGUACCCCCUGUUGGAUAGAAGUGCACCUUCACGGCCCUCUGCAGUGGCUGGAUAAAGUGCUGACACAAAUGGGCUCUCCUCUCAACCCCAUCUCUUCAGUGUCCUAAUGGUUACCCCACAGACCAGACUCAACCCCCCCCAUCUCGUCAGUGUACUAAUGGUUAACCCCCCCCCCCCCCCCCAACAGACCAGACUCUCAACCUCUCAUCUCUUCAGUGUCCUAAUGCCCCCCCACCCACAGACCAGACUCUAAACCUCAAUCUCUUCAAUGUCCUUUAGGUGGCUUGCCAGGCUGGGAGAUUCUUUCACAUUUUUUCCAAACUUAACUUUAUAAUUUUUUUGCAAUGUUUAAUGAGCAAAAGCAGGUCUUCAAAGGCUGAACUGUUUCCACUAUCUGACAGCAGAAGGGGUUUUGAACCCAGAGCAGCAGAAUUAUGUUGAGAAAGAGCAGAAGAUAGACUUAAAAACCGACAGAAGAAUAUUCAGAGUAGCGGCACAAAAUAUUGGACAAACUACUGCUCUGAGUCAUCACUACCAACCAUGUGCUGCUUCUAUUGAGAGUAGUAGGACUUGGAAGCAUGUACCUUAAAUGUUUCUGAUUUUGCAUAAAAAAAAUGUUUCAUUGUUUGGUAAUGAUUUUUCUUCAGCUAAAAGAAAAUGAUGUAUCACUACUCUGCCUUUACCACAGUCAAACUACUUGUGAUUUUACUCUAACUUUCAUUUCUUGCCAUCUUAAGGUAUAGAUAUCAUUAUGUUCACUAUUAGACCCAGAUCUCAUAACAAAAUGUUAACUUUAAAAAAAAUAGUUUCUAUCGCUAGAAGAAAAAACAACAACACUGAUUUACUGCCUUAAAUAAAGUAUGUCUAACUAAUAAA